CUUCGUCGACGCCAUGCGCGCUCUGCUGACACUGCUGCUUACGGGCCGGGGGUGGCGUGCGGAGGCCCUAGCCGCCACCCGCCUGCCGCGGGGAGCGAGCGCAGAGACCGGGCCGCGCCGCGCCAUGGCCCUGUACCGCACGGAGGAGCGCGGCCAGCCGCACUCGCAGGAUUACCGCCUCUUCUUCAAGAAUGUAACUGGUCACUACAUUUCCCCCUUUCAUGAUAUUCCUCUGAAGGUGGACUCUAAAGAGGAAAAUGGGAUUCCUACAAAGAAAGCACGAAAUGAUGAACAUGAGAUUGCCACCAAAGAGCCAUUGAAUCCUAUUAAACAAGAUGUAAAGGAUGGCAAGCUACGCUAUGUGGCGAAUAUCUUCCCUCACAAGGGUUAUAUAUGGAAUUAUGGCGCCCUCCCUCAGACACAGAAACCUAGAUCCCUAUGCUGUUACCAUGUCAACAGUGAAUGACAGAAGCCACGGUAUCAAUGGUCAGU